AUGUUCAUGCAGGGGGUUGGGCGUAAUGGACCACGUUCCAAGAGUGGUUGUAGUACCUGCCGCCGUCGCAAGGUCAAGUGCGGUGAAGAGAAACCAGUUUGUGCAAGAUGUUCAUCGCUGCGCCUCAAUUGCGAAUGGGGUGUUCCAGUGAAGCGUAGACGAAGCAAGCAAAUCCGUCACCUUGAACCCGCACCGGUAACCUCCGAACAUCCCACUUGGCCGAUGCCCAAAGCCGAGGACCUUGUCGGCUUUCAACCGGAUGCCAUUUUUGCAAGUCUCUCGCCGGCCUGUAGGGCAUCUGACGCUCUCUCCUUUGACACAUUCAACCCGGCGCCAAUCCCGACCCCUAUAUACCCUUCUUUGAACGUCAAUGUCGCGUGCGCCAAUUCAUUGACACUCACCUCUCUUGAUAGACAAUACUUCCACUAUUUCCCUUCUUCCUCGCUCGUAUUUUACUACAUGAAGAGAUGGAAAUGGAGCAGCUUAUGCCAUCUUUACGAAGGUCCAGCAGCAUCCAAUAGAAUCAUAAUGCGGAUGAUAUUGGCGCUAAGUGCAUGUGAUAUGCAUGGCAAUGGGCUGUUUUUGCGCUCUCAGGAUCAUGGUCGGUACCAUUACAGCCAAGCGGUCAAAGAAUUCAGGCAAUUGCUCGAGACGCCGCGCCAGGUUUCAUUGGAUGAUGUCGAGACGGUUUUUGCCACUGUCUUUUUGAUGAUAGCUUGGGAGUGGCAGUUCGGACACUCAGUGCGUCAUCUUCAACUCCACCUUCAGGGCGUACGCUCGCUUCUGGAAACGCAUCCGCAACUAUUCCGCAUCAAAGAUGUGAAUGAUAUGAUCUUCUCUCCCGGAGUAAAUACAUUGGCCAGUGAUACCGGGACCAUGGGCAAGGUCUCCUUCAUUCCUGAGCAGUUUUUGUUGUGGAUUCUAUAUAUCGAUGCUAGUUGUCGUCCCAUCGGUCUUACUGAGUCACUUAACGACUAUGUGGCCCAGUCUAGGAAUCCCGCUUUGCAGCCAGACCGUCUUCAUCGCUGUGCCCGUCUCUGGGGCCGGUGCUUUUGGGGCGAGCAAUAUCCCGACGAGGAAGUUCUGGACGACAUUGAAAAUCACAGAGCUCUAGAGCUAUUGCAUGCGGGAUUUUGCCUACGUCAUCGAACUUGGAAAGUCGUCGUCGAAUCCGCGGCUGGUACCACCGACUCCGCAGAACACCUUUUCCGUGAGAUUCUCGACACCCGAGAAACGUUCUCCGACCUCUUUAUCACCGCGCGUUUUGCGGGUAGUGUGUCCGCUCGACGUACGCUCAAUACCAUAUACAUGGCCGUUUCUACCUUCUACGGCCAGGUCCUCCUCCACCGUCGGCUUCUCUGUGUCGAUGCUUUACCAAUAGCCAUCCACCGGCAAGCUACAGCAGGGAUCAUUGACAUUUGUCAAAAACAAUUUCUGUCUGACCCGAAGCUCCUUAGGCGUUUACACUGGCCGCUAUUGAUGGCAGUGAUUGAAACCAACGACAUAACACAUCAAAGGUGGCUCCGUCAGCGUCUAUGGGAACUGCGGGACUUUCAUUCCGAGUUUGUUUGGGCGCAUGAUGUGGCCGAGAAAAUUCUGGCCCAGCAAGACGUGAACCGGGGACGAUAUGUCAAUCUGGCCGAAUUUUUACUAAAGCGUUUUCAUGCGCAGUGA